UUAGCGUAUCUUGUGACUUGUUGUUGCAUAGUUGAGGAAGUUUCGUGAACAAACAUUAGGCGUACUUAUCAAAAAAGAUCUUUAGCGUGUUCUUUCUUGAACGCGGUCACAAACACCAAACGAAAAAUAGAAGGAAUAAUUGCUGUUCCAAUCAGCAACAGAAAAGAAAUCCGAACCUUUCGUUGUUUUUAUGAUAAAUCUUGUUUGUGUUGCAUUUAGAAUAGCCCAGGCAUAAACAACAUCAAAGAGUUCCGCUCUUAUGUUGAUGCUGUAGGGUUUACUAAAUCACACGGUAAAACCCGGUUAAAUUGGGUCCUAUAAGGCGAGAAAGAUCAUAAACGCGUCGGACGGUGAGAGAUUACCUGAUCGUCCGGCUAAAACUAAUACUUGACAUUAGACACAUGACAGAUAUAGGUCAUCACAUAAUGGCCUGGACGUGCCUUAGUCGUUUCGGUAUAAUGAACAUCAAUUCGUUUAUUCCUUUUAUUAUUUUAUUAUGCGAUCGAGUCUCGGUCUAGCUGAUUUGGGGCGCUAAUAUAUGAUUGUUUACAGAUUAAAACUAAAAGUUAAAUCAUUUCAUAUCCAUAUUUUAGAUUUAUUCGUUUCCAAGAUAGAAAUAACGUAUCACUAGCUUAAACAGUACAUCUAUACCAUUUAAUUUUAUCGUAAUUAGCACAAGACCUUUAAUUUCUCUACACGUCAAAAAAAUCAAAGCCAAGGUAUCCGUAGCGUAUACGUAUUACGUAAUACGUAUUAAAAAAGCUUAUAAAUAGGUCAAUUAUCCAUUUUUAAAAGAACUCACAGUGCAUUCUGGGACUGUUUGGGAAGACGAAAAUCAUGAUGACAGACAUGAAAUAUCUGAAAGAUGACAAAUAUGUAUUAUCGAUGUCAACUUUUACACGCGAUCAAAAACUCUAACAUCUAAUCAUAAAUCAUCAAAGUUGGCAUCGAAAUGACACGGGGACAUAAUUUGAAACUUUACUAUCAUAACGUGAGGCAAUAUCGACGUUAAUAGCGAGACUUUGACAAGCGAAGAAAUUUCAUAGAUUAUCCGCUCAAUUAAACACCGUUAUUUCAUUCAUAUACUAAAACAACAGUGACCAUCUAAUAUAGACCUUACAUGCAUGUUAAAAAAAAGGCAUGUCAAAACUGUUUAGUUUACAUUGGAGACGCUAAAUUCAAUAUUUUCCAGUUUUUUCCAUCUUGUAGCCAUAAAAAUGAAUAGAAAAAGUUAAUUUAUCAGUGUAGACCUUAUUCAGUGACGAGGUCAUUAAUUGGGAGAUUAUUCUAGUGCCUGUUACGUUCACAAGAUCCAAUAUUUCAAUUUUGUUGAACAAGUCCACUACUGACGCAAAGUGUGUAGCGUGUUAUUGAUAAAGCAGUACUGCAUUGGGUCCAGUGGACUGCCCAUAAUCAUUGCAAGUCAACGAUUUAUUAAAUUUAUCCGGUUUCCUUUUCUUGCUCUUUACCCUGGAAUAUGUAGUUGGAAAACUUCGCAAUCGGUCCACCGUUCGUAUGAAUGAUUGUCUUCAUAGUUUAUCAGCAGCACUUAUUUCAGCGUUACCAAGGUUUCUAGUCACCAGCUUGGAUACUACUGUAUACUCUCUUGUUUAUCGUGCUAUUUACCAAACAACGACUCCUGAUAAUCCAUCAUCAUUCCGUCAAUGGAUCAUGAUUUUUCUGGCUGCUGACUUUGGUUAUUAUUGGUUCCACCGAGCAGCUCAUGAAAUAAACAUUCUCUGGGCGGCACAUCAAGUUCAUCAUAGCUCCGAGGACAUUAAUAUUGCUGUAUCAGUACGACAAAGUGUUGUACAACAGUUUUUUACUUGGAUAUUUUACUUACCACUGGCAUUGAUUGGUAUCGCCCCAUCAAUACUGAAAACUCAUUUGUGGUUUUCAUGUUUGUACCAAAUAUGGACACAUACUGAGGUUGUGGGUAAUCUUGGCCCGUUAGAAUACGUUUUUGUCACACCAGUACAUCAUCGUGUUCAUCACGGUCGAAAUCCUUAUUGCAUUGACAAAAAUUACGGCGGAAUAUUAAUCAUAUGGGAUCGGUUAUUCGGAACGUUUGUGGAAGAACAAGGAAACGAACCACCUGUUUAUGGCCUAGUUGUUGAGAGAGUGAAUCACUGGAACCCAAUUUGGACUCAGAUUUCUCAUUAUUGUUACCUGGUAAGAACAUUCUGGACAAUUCCGGGAAUUUCUAACAAGUUUUUCGUACUUUUCAAUGGUCCAAGUUGGUCGCCCGGACAGUCAAGGCUAGGGGAUGAAACUAAAUAUGAAGAAAUAGAAUAUCCUGUUACAAAAUAUGACAAGACGCUACCACGUUUGACUAAAUUUUACGUAUUGGGUCACUUUCUCCUUGUUCUAUUUGUUUAUUAUAAACAUCUUGAAAUUUCUCAGUCAUGUUCCGUUUACCAAACAAUCGCUGUUGUUACAUACUUGUUGUUUGCGUUAACAACAUUUGGAGCGCUUUUUGAUCACAAAUGGUAUGGACCAACAUUGGAAGCAGUUCGUUGCAUUGUUUACAUUAUAUUGGAUUCUUCAAAAAAGACAUACUACUUGCAACAAAACCAUGGAUCUCCAAAGGUAAAGUACGAGCCAACAUCAGGAUUCAUGCAUUCCAUUUUCAUAAUAUCUUUCGCAAUGUGGUUCUUUGUGGAAACGAUGAAAAUUAACUGGACAGGAACUGACGGAACUCCAGAGGAAAACAAGAAAUAUUCCAGAGACGAGCGAUUUGGGAAUCUUGACGCAAAUAAAAACAUACUUUCAAAUGCCGAUAUCAUUUACUUGCAGUGCUCAAAGUGAAGUAUACGAUGUAAUAAUACCAAAAUAUAAUCACGCAUUUUAUUAUGUUAUUAGGAUUCAGUCCAGCAAUGUAAAUUAACUACGAAUUUAUCUCGCGUAUUGCACCACAAAAGAACAUAAUUUUCACUAUUACAAAAUAUUACAAAACAUAAGGAAAAUAAAAGACUGCUCCAUUGUUAGGUCAGCUUCUUGUAUAUAUACUU